AUGCUACGGCAUAACGCUUUCGCCGACUUGCCGACAUAUAAAUUAAUCCUCGGCUUUGGUCUAUGCACUUUGGGUGGCGCUAUGCUAUACGCUUACUUUAAAACUCGCGACGAAGACGAGGAUGUGGCACAACAGAAACCAGGAGUAAAACAGAGAAGAGGAAAGCCGGCACCAACUAACUCUCCAAAACAAAAAGGAAAAGAGAUACAAAUUAAUUUUGAGAUAUCAAAUGAGCACAUACCGCUGUGUGUAGGUCGCGGCGGAGCUAAUUUAAGCUCUAUUGAACAACAGACACGUACCAAAAUUCGUUUGAAAGACAAAAAUGAGAAGUACAAAAUCUGUGAUAUAACUGGUAACGCAAAUGGCGUCAAACAAGCGCGUUCAUUGCUGCUUAAAGAGAUCGAAAGGGCGCCUAUUAUCAAGGAAGAAAUCUGGGUGCCGCAAAGUGUGUGUGGCAAAAUUAUGGGACGAUGUGGCGAAGCAAUGCAAGAAAUAUGCCGCAUCUCCUUGGCUAAGGUGGCUGUGGAUUCAGGCGGGGGUCGUAGUGGCGGAGCUAAGGACAGACGUCGCAUUCUUAUUACCGGCAACCAGCAACAGGUAAAUAUCGCCCGCAAAUUGCUUGAGGAAAAAAUUGAAGAGGACGAAGAACUUCGUCGGGCCGUUGAAGAAGUUGAGCACCGACGGGAACCUCGGCGCUCCCCUUCGAAUAGCAUAAAUUCUAGUAUGUAUUCUUCACAAACAUCAUUGAGCUCCCAUUUGCUGCCUCGUGAAAAAAUGCUCGCAGCUCGAGACGAGGAAAAGCCUAUGGAGGUAUACGUUUCUGCUAUUGCUUCGCCUUCUAAGUUCUGGGUACAAAUAAUUGGCCCACAAUCGAAGAAACUGGAUGACAUGGUCCAAUCAAUGACAGACUAUUAUAGUGAACCAGAGAAUAAGGCUCGCCAUCAAAUCCAAGAACCGUAUCUAGGGCAAAUAGUAGCAGCCAUAUUUAAAUACGAUGGGAAGUGGUAUCGUGCAGAAAUUGUUGGCAUUUUGCCAAAUCAAUACAACCCAAACGAAGUAGUAUUGGACCUGUAUUUCGUUGAUUACGGUGACAGUGAAUAUGUAUCCCCUCACGAAGUAUUUGAGCUGCGUACAGAUUUUCUGACUUUAAGAUUUCAAGCAGUGGAAUGCUUUUUAGCCGGAGUUAAGUCUACAAUAUUGAAUGAUCCAGACACUUGGGAAACACAAUCAAUUCAAAAGUUUGAGGAACUUACCCAAGUUGCGAACUGGAAAAAAUUAAUUUCCCGCGCUGUUACAUACAAAGAGCGUCAAAAGGCCAUAGUCGAUACUGCCCCAGCUCGCGAGAGUUCACCUAUACCCGGUGUUGAACUUUUCGACUUGACUGAAGGAGUAGAAGUCAAUAUUGGCCACAUGUUAAUUUCGCAUGGUUUUGCCUUGCCUGCUGAUGACAUUCCGCGACCGCGUUCCCCUUACUAUGCUGUUGGCCCGGAAUCAUUGGCAUUUGAUCAAACCAAUUUAAACUCGCCUCAAUCUCUACGUCGUAACGAGAACUUGUCGAUUAGUAAUGGGAAUUUAAGAGCAGCGGAGGAUUCCCUUCUCGAGGAGCAGUUGGAUCACUUGAGAAUCAACAAUAACUUGCAUUUAAAUGGCGCUGGCGAUGCGCGUAUUGCAUCAAUGGCAACAGAAACGGCAUCUAAUCUAGCCAAACUUACCGCUUCCGAGCUCUUUAACGAUAAUUUCGAUGAAACAUCUACGAAAACGUCAGGAAAUGGGAAUCGCCAUAUCAAUGGAAAUUUAAAUCGAUAAGGGCAAAUUUAAGGAUUCCUUCUCAUGUUACUACCUACAUAAUAGUGUAUCACCUUGUUUUAUGUUUAGUUCUUUAGUGGGUAUUCUUGUAAAUAUUUAAAUGAUACGUCUUUUAACCAAAACAUGUCCUUUGACGCAUGUUUAUUAUCGACAUUUAGUUGCGUAUUUAUAAAAGAUUGUUUAAAAUAUCCUGAUAAAAAUUUUACUUCUAUGUAUGUUUGCAUAUAAUAUUUUAUUUUUUCUUAAAUGACUUUAGUUUAACGAAUUUACUUAAUUCAUUGGAAAAAACAUUGUAAUCAAAUUGAUAACAAAAUUGUUUCUAAAACUACAGGCUUUCGCGAAAAAAUUGAAGCUGUUUUAGUAUAUAAACCUGAAAACGAUUUUCAAAAAUGUAUGCAAAAUAAUUUAUGUACAUAUGUAUUAAAAGGGCUGCAAGAAUCAACUCAUAAAUAAACUCGAGUCUAGCGCCGCUGUUGAGUUGAAACUAGUUGAAUGCAGAUACUAAGAAAAUAUGUGAGUUCUUGUCUUUCACUAGCGGAUAAACUUGUUAAUUCAUCACACCACCAACCACUGCUUCGCACGAGGCGAUUUUGCGUUCAACUUUUGCGUUCAACUCACGCAGGGCUA